GCUGCGAGCCGGCCCGCGCCCUCCCCCGGGAGCCUGGCGGAGUCUGCGCCAUGGAAGGCCGCGCCGGGCGGGCCGGGGCCCGGACUGGGCCGCAUCAGAGGCUCUCUGCAGACGCUGAUGAAGGUGAAGCCAAGGCAGGUGAAGAGCCGCUCCUGAGGAAGAGUUCUCAGCGGUUUGUCAUCUUUCCCAUCCAGUAUCCUGAUAUCUGGAGAAUGUAUAAGCAGGCCCAGGCGUCCUUCUGGACUGCAGAAGAGGUUGACUUAUCAAAGGAUCUCCCUCACUGGAAUAAGCUUAAAUCAGAGGAGAAGCAUUUCAUCUCUAACAUCUUAGCCUUUUUUGCAGCCAGUGAUGGAAUUGUGAAUGAAAACCUGGUGGAGCGUUUUAGCCAGGAGGUACAGGUUCCAGAAGCUCGCUGUUUCUAUGGCUUUCAAAUUGUCAUCGAGAAUGUUCAUUCAGAGAUGUACAGUUUGCUAAUAGACACUUACAUCAGAGAUCCCAAGGAAAGGGAAUUUCUAUUUAAUGCAAUUGAAACAAUGCCUUAUGUUAAGAAAAAGGCAGACUGGGCCUUGCGGUGGAUAGCAGACAGAGAGUCUACUUUUGGGGAAAGGGUGGUGGCCUUUGCCGCUGUUGAAGGAGUUUUCUUCUCGGGAUCCUUUGCUGCUAUUUUUUGGCUAAAGAAAAGAGGUCUUAUGCCUGGACUCACCUUUUCCAAUGAACUCAUCAGCAGAGAUGAAGGGCUCCAUUGUGACUUUGCUUGUCUGAUAUUUCAUUACUUAGUGAAUAAGCCUUCAGAAGAAAGGGUGAGGGAGAUCAUUGCUAAUGCGGUUGAAAUUGAACAGGAGUUUCUAACAGAAGCUUUGCCUGUUGACCUCAUUGGAAUGAACUGUGUUUUGAUGAAGCAGUAUAUUGAAUUUGUAGCAGACAGGUUACUUGUGGAACUUGGCUUCUCAAAGGUUUUUCAAGCCGAAAACCCCUUUGACUUCAUGGAAAACAUUUCUUUGGAAGGGAAAACAAAUUUCUUUGAGAAGCGGGUUUCAGAAUAUCAGCGUUUUGCUGUUAUGGCAGAAACCGCUGAUAAUGUUUUCACCUUGGAUGCUGAUUUUUAAAACGUUCCUGGAGCGAGCAGACACCAUUGGGCUACACUAGCAUGCGACAGGGACGAAUGGAGAUGUUACUGGCACCCGCUCAAGCAAAUCGAUGAACAGCGGGAUGACAGUGCUACAGUGCAGUGCUCUUUAUUUCAUUUUAUUUUUUAAUUUUAUUGAAUCAUUGUUAGAUACAGUUACAAUUAUACAAUGUCCAAACACCCAUCCCUACACAGGUGCACAUUCCCCAACACCAAUCUCCCCAGUAUACCCCCCCUUUCCCACCCUCCCCCU